UCCUGUGGGAUCUACAGGAAGUUGGAGUCAGUGUUAGUGAACCGACGACUCUUCCUUUAAACUCGUGUUGCGGAGAGGACGAAAUGGGUCGUUACUCCCACGAGCCGGUCAAUCAGACCAAGUCAUGCAAAGCACGCGGCUCCAACCUUCGCGUGCAUUUCAAAAACACUCAUGAAACAGCGCGCGCUAUCAAAAAUAUGGCCCUGCGGAGGGCGCAAAAGUACCUAAAGAAUGUCAUCGAACACAAGGAAUGUGUUCCUUUCCGUAGGUUUAAUGGUGGCGUCGGCAGGUGCGCUCAGGCCAAACAGUUUGGCACCACGCAAGGUCGCUGGCCUAAGAAGUCUGCAGAAUUUUUGAUGCAGCUUUUGAAAAAUGCAGAAAGUAAUGCUGAUUACAAGGGACUUGAUGUAGAUCGCCUCGUAAUUGAGCAUAUUCAGGUUAAUCAUGCACCUUGCCUUCGUAGAAGAACAUACAGGGCUCAUGGUCGUAUAAACCCAUACAUGAGUUCACCUUGUCACAUUGAAGUAAUAUUAACGGAAAAAGAGGACGUUGUUGCGAAAGCCACAGAGGAAGAACCAUCGAAAAAGAAAUUGAGCAAGAAAAAGCUUGCUAGGCAAAAGGAGAAAAUGAUGAGGGAGUAAUUUCGUACUUUAUAUGGACAUGUAUUAUGAAUAUAUCAAGAUUACUUGGUA